AAACUUGCAUGAAAAUUGUCACGAUAGGAUUUUUUUUCUCUUCCCAUGUCCAGGAUAUCAUAGAAGCAUUCUAUCCAAAACUGUGCUUUCCAUUUUACAUCCACAGUUAUGUAACAAGACACUAUAAAUGAUCAAUAUAAAAUGCGUUUUGAAAAUUUCCAACCAUUACGCAACUAUGACAAAUGUGACAUCAAUAAAUAUGAGCAAGCCUCUACUUAUGUCAUCAAUGAUCGAUGUAUUGGCCAACAUAAAGUUUGGCUGACGGAGAAGCUCAGGCAACAGUUUUGCAAAGUAGGCUUGUGAGACUGAAGAGUACCAGAACUUAAACAAGGUAACUCGAUGUAUCACAGUUUCUUCUAUAAUUUGGAUCUACUUUAUAUAACAUCUAAUCCACAAUGUAAACUUGUCAUGUUUUAAUCUGAAUAAAUCUGCGGGAAUUUCCAAUGUGAUUUUUUUUUCUCCAAUUGAGAUUUUGAGCGGUAAAUUCAAGCAGCAAAGCAUCGAUAUUAGAGAUACAUAUAAAGAAGGCGUUAUUCCAAGUCAGAAUAAACUUAUUGUCUUAUUUUCCGCUGAGAAAAAUAUUCCUUUAGAAUGCGUGCAUUACAAGUUUUCAAAAAUUCAAAUAAAAACUAUGUCAGGCAUUUAACUAAUCAUGAAAUAGAUCUUAAUGUGCUCCAGCUAGGAACAUAAUGCAUCGCUUAGCUUCGUAUCGCAAAGUUCCCAAGGAAUAUCAUUUCCAAUUUUACUUUCUAAAACUUUCCGAGGCUGGAUUCUACUAUAUCGGUGAAAGGUUAAGGGUCAGGUGUGAAGGUUGUCACAGAGAAAUUUCUCUGGAGGACAUGAAUCACGACGAGCAUGUGCUGGACCCAAGAGAUGCCAAGUUCCACAACUCUGCGUGCGAGUUUGUCAAACACGCAGACGUGGAAAUGGCAGACUCCUUGAAUCCCAACUCUUCCAAGAAAGUGAAUGAAACAGAAACUAAUGGCAGAGCUCUGCACAAUUUGGGCAACGGCCUCUCACACUCCAAUGAGUUAGAAGUUAGAGUGUUACAGUCUAAGGAAUAUAAGCACAAGCAGUUUAAAGGAAUUUAUAUCUUUGAUGAUUCCUUAGAUAUCGACCACGAAAUUGAGAAACAUAAUGGACAAAAUGGCAUUCAGUGUGACAAAAAUCCUGGACACUAUGGCUAUUUUUCAGUGAAUGUUUUGAAACAAGAGCAUCUCCCUGGACUUGCCAGAAAGCCUUAUGUUCUGAAACUUUUACAAUUAUUUUCAUUACUCACAGUACGAGUUAUGGUGAAACUGAAAAACGCAUCAGGUUUUUGCCAUCAAUUUGGGACUGGCUUUGUAUCGCUAGAUAUGUGUGACAAUCAAACCAGUCCUUAUGAGAGUAACGGAAUGGCCGAUUCAAACGGAUUUAAUGAAGUAUAUAUAACGACAAGCAGAAAUUUGGUUCAAAGCGGCCAAGACCCUGGCAAUGUUACUGUCGACUUCUGCUAUGAUGACCAAGUACAAGGUCAAACCAGAUCCAUUACAGUAGCGUCAGUUCUUACAUUUGAACAUAACAGAGAUCAUAAGGUCAUAUUAGUGUGUCCGAUAUCAGAUACAGCAUUCCUUCAGUCGAUAUAUCAAACCAGGCGUCAAAUUCUAGAGCUCGUGGGCAAUAUUCCAGAGAGCGUUAUAGAUUUCCUGAGCAAAAAGGUUUUCCUGAUACACCAUCCUCACGGCAGAGACAAAGUUGUAUGUCAUGGUGACUUUGUACAAGUCAAACACAAACUUGUAACAGACGACAUGACCGGGACUCUGACACUUCAGAAAAUUUCAGGAAAUGAGCGAGUGAAGGCAGAUGAUAUGAAAGACAUAAUGAAGAUGCUAAUGUACACAGCUGACACAUGCCAUGGCAGUACUGGGGCGCCUGUCAUCACAUUUACAAGUAGGACAAGUAACAGUCAACGUGACCUCGACAUCUGGAUACAUAAUGGUCAACACAAGGCAUACGGUUUAAGUUGUUCUAACGUAAAAGCUUGUGAAUUAAAUGAUUUCGAGAUGGUAGAACCGACAGAGGACAAAGUUACGUUUGAUUCUGAAGCCUCUUGCAAGCACCAUGAAGAAUAUUCCUUAGAGAAAAGUUCUCAGACACCGCCUCAACCUUCCUACCCAGCAUUCAUUACCAAACAAAAACGUCUGGACAGCUUUGUGAACUGGGGACAUCAGCAUAUUUGUGAGCCUGAAUAUCUUGCCAAAAUUGGAUUCUUUUACGCAGGCUACUCCGACUGUGUCCGAUGUUUCCAAUGUGGUCUGGGACUUCGCUCAUGGAGGCCAGGAGACAAUGUUCUCGAGGAGCACAAGAAACUCAGAGGGACGUGCCCGUAUCUUAUUAAACUCUUGGAUAAUGGUGCAAGCUGAUACCUGUAUCCGAAAGUACGGCAAAGUACACCACCCUAAAGGGUAACACCAGGGCCGGUCCUACAGAUUGCGGGGCCCUAUGCUAAACGGAUUGCACGGGGCCCAUUCAGGGUUGUGAUAAGGAUAAUAAGUGAAAAUUUGGAUUUUGUAUUAGAAAAUAAAUUCGCCUUUGAAUUUUAUUCAUACUUUACUAAGUACAAAAUCACAGUCAAAUUAACUUUACGAGCCAUUUACAGUAGAUAGUAGUUUUCCAACAAAAAGCCGAUAAACUUUCUGCCUUUUAGAUUUACUAUUGACUUGCCAAAUAUCGCUUUUGUUUUUUUUUUAAGAGGUCGAGAUAGAUUUAGAUCUAUAUUUGUAUGCCAGUGACUAUUAAAUUAAAUAAAGUUUUUGAACUUCUUGUUUUGGUUAAAAUUCGUCUUGUUAUUACAUUUUUAUUAAAUGAAAGCAAAAAAUGCCGUUUUUUUAAAUCGUGGCCGACACCUCGAAAUGUUUUUAAGGAGAUUCGCAUCAGUUUUGAGAAGAUUUUAAUAAUUUCAGAUUUUCAUGACUACCUGGUAAAUUUUACAAUUGCAAGAGAAUUCCAGGAACAAUUUAAUUUAAUAAUUUACACCUAGAAUUCGCGCGGGGCCUAUGAAAGUGCGGGGCCCACUGCUGCCGCAUAGGUUGCAGUGGGCUAAGACCGGCCCUGCGUAAACACACGCCCAGUCAUACUAUUGAAAUGUACCAUCUCAACAUUUACAUCCUCGUGACCCGUUACAUUGAUGGCGGAAACAAAAAUGAAAAUAGUGGACAAGGAGAAAAGAAACAGAUGCAAACAUAAAACACAUCUAUGAGCCGACUACUAGCCAUUUGAAAUACAGAACUUUUCAUUGAUCUUUUGAGUGCAAGACAUUUCGUUUUUAUCACAGAAAAUGUGGAAGAAACCUUUACUGUAUACAUUUAGUUAUUUCAAUGUUGUUCAUGGCAUUUUAAGAAAAAUAAAAAUACUACUGCAAUCUGCUUAUUGUAUUUUCUAUAAAAGGAUUUAAGCAUUACGUUUCAACUCUUUGUCUAUCCAUGCUUGGAGUAAAACAUUACUGCUGUCUAGUAUCCCAGGUCUAUUUAUCCCUUCUGUUUUUAUCUUUGUCUUCCAACGAUCUCUCUCAUUUUAUCUGUGCCUGUCUCUCUCUAUGUCUGUCUCUCUAUGUCUGUCUCUCACUGUGUCUGUCUCUCUCUAUGGUCUCUCUCAGUUCCUAUUUUGCAGAGGUAUUAUUAGAAUAAUUAGCAUAUUUUAAAACAAUAAAGAUCUUAAGUCAGUCA